UCAACAUGCAUUGAUCCUAAACACUGCAACGAUACCACCGCCUUCUAAUCCGUUCUUCCAUCAUUCAAGAUGCAAUUCUCUUGCACGCAUACCGGCUGCUCUCGUUCAUACCUGCGGAAAGAACAUUUGACACGACACAUGAAGUCGCACGAGCGGGCAAAAGAAUUUACAUGUCGAGAAUGCGGCACGAAACUCUCCCGGAUGGACACAUAUCGCCGCCACAUGGCUUCACACGGAUCCUCCUUGCCAUCCGCCCGUGUUGCUCAAGCCUGUCUGCCGUGUCGCCGGGCCAAGAUGAAGUGCGAUGGCCAGCAGCCGACUUGCUCCGGUUGCUCAGCCAAAUCAUUACCAUGCGCUUGGCCCGUCUUGGCCAAAGGACAAAACCAGCACACAGAGCCCUCUGCCUCUAUCAUUCCAGAAAAUGCUCCUGUUUCCCCGGAGUCUUCGUCCAUGGAAGGUCCCGAUGAUGCGGAAUGUGAGUACGAAAACGACCUAUACGACCUCAUGCUCCAUGGACAAAACACCAUGGCGCUCGUCGCCCCGGUAGCGGAAUGCCCUGGCAAACUUGCCAUGUACGAUCGCCUGAUCGCCUUCUAUCUUCGCACGUUCCAUCAUCAUUGGCCGAUCCUCCACGAAGAGAGCAUCCGAUCGAGACGCGUGCCACAAGUGCUUUUGAAAACUGUCGUCACUAUUGGUCUUUACUUGAUAGGGAACGCCGAGGCAAAGAAGAUGGCAACAGACACCCUGGAGCGUUUUCUCCACAAUUCAGGUAACACACUUGCUUCAUAUGUAACCCUUGGCGAAGCGGGACAGCUUUUCCCUGAGCCGAAGCAUCUGUUCGAAUUUCAGGCGAUACUGCUCCAAGCCAUAAUGAUUCCACGCCUCGCAGGAGAGGGCCUUGCAACAGGCAUCAUGAUUGAUUCAAUGCUGUCCAGGGUUCUGAUGCUUGCUGGCGUUUACGAUCAGAACAAAAUUGACACGGCGAGCAAUCUUGCUGGCGGGCAUAAUAUAGACCCCACGAUACUCAGAGAAUCUUACCAACGGUACGCUCCUUGCCUGGACACCCCUGACAAAGCGAACGUUCUACCAUUCAUUCUAACAUUGGCCGACUAGUCUGGCCUUAUUCCAUUUCAAGUUCCAUGCCCUGUUUCAAGUUUUCUGUCGGUCAAAGUUCCCCUGGAAUAAAAUUUC